CGCUGCAGUCCGGAUGCCCGUCGCCACUGUCGCCGCCGCAGUUCUCACAGUCUCUGCUGUCCCCGCUGCCCUGAGGAGCCCCUCUCGGGGUUCAGUAUUCUGAUCCCAACUGAGAGGCCCCCAGGAACCUGACAGCUCGGUGAAGGGCCGGCUUCUUCCUCUUUCCAAAGGACCCGGUCUGACGGUCCGUGUGGACCCAGGAUGGAGCCUCAUCCGGCAGCUGCGGGAGACUCUGAGACAACUCGCUUGGUGAACCCCCGGGCUCACAGCUGUGCCGGCAGUCUCCGUCUCAAGAGUCUCUUCACAGAGCCUUCAAAAUCGCCCCCAGAAGAGCAAGAUCCUCUGGAACAACCGAGGUUCCGUCACUGCCACAUAGACUGUGUCCCUCGGUCUGGCCUUAGCCCGGAGCAGCAGCAGGCCCAGAAGCAAUUGUCUGCUGCCUGUGCAGUCUGUUUCCUCUUCAUGGCAGGGGAGAUUGUAGGUGGAUAUUUAGCCCACAGCCUAGCCAUCAUGACCGAUGCCGUCCACCUGCUGGCAGACGUGGGCAGCAUGGCAGGUAGUCUCUUUUCCCUCUGGCUCUCCACCCGCCCAGCCACCAGAACCAUGACCUUUGGCUGGCACCGCUCAGAAACCUUAGGGGCUUUAGCCUCCGUGCUGUCCCUCUGGAUUGUCACUGCUGUCUUGCUCUAUCUGGCCUUUGUGCGGCUCCUGAACAGUGACUACCACAUUGAGGGAGAUGCCAUGUUAAUCACCGCAGGCAUUGCUGUCUGUGCCAAUCUUUUAAUGGCUUUUGUGCUGCACCAGGCCUCUCCGGGACACAGCCAUGGAUCCAAGGGAACUGAGUAUGCUCCACUGGAGGAUGGGCAAAGGGGCCCUCUGAAUUUCUACAACACCAGUGUGCGGGCAGCCUUUGUGCAUGUUUUGGGGGACUUACUUCAAAGCCUCGGGGUUCUGGCUGCAUCCAUCCUCAUUUACUUCAAGCCCCAGUAUAAAGCGGCUGACCCCAUCAGCACCUUCCUGUUCUCCAUCUGUGCCCUGGGUUCCACUGCUCCCACCCUCCGGGAUGUUCUUCGGAUCCUCAUGGAAGGUACUCCCUAUGGCAUCUGCUAUGAACCAGUUCGGGACCUGCUACUGUCAGUGCCAGGAGUCAGGGCAAUUCAUGAGCUGCACCUGUGGGCCCUGACCCUCACCUACCAUGCUAUUUCUGCCCACCUGGCCAUUGAUGCCACUGCAGACCCCGAGGGCAUCCGGGCUGAAGCUGCCUCUCUGCUCCACACCCGCUUUGGAUUUUGUUCCAUAACUCUCCAGGUGGAGCAGUACCAACCUGACAUGGUUCAGUGCCCAAGCUGCCAGGAACCUCCCCAGGCCUAAGCAUGUCAGAUUCCCCAACCUGUCUUUCUUCCUGCUGCCCAGGGAUUUCCUUUACUCCCUCCCCCAAUCUCCUCACCAGGCUGCCAUGCCCAGGUUCAGCACUGGACUCUUCAUUUGCUAGGCCCCUUUUGGGGGAUAGCCACUUUCCCAUGUCUGACAACCUGAUUUCUCUGCCCUAGGCAGAAUGGACCAAGGAUGGAUCAACAACCCUCCCUUCCCCAACGACCUCAACUCUGAGCCCCACCUUCCUACCCCCAAGCCUUGUAGCCCCAGUGGGCAUGACCAAAGUAGGGGGGUACCCUACUGGGUAAUGACCAAAUUCAGAGGUGGAGGUCUAGGGUCGAAGUGCAGCUAAUAUGAGGAGGGGAGAAGGAUGCUGGGGAGUAACAUGGUCUUCCUUCCCCUGUUUCUCUGGGGAGCUCCACAUAGCCUCAUGUUUGUGUACCUCAUUCAUCUGUUGUGAUAGGCUGCCUGGCUGGCUGACUAACUCUGCUGUUUGUGUGGUUGUGGUCCUCGGCAUCUGUCUGCCUGCCUGCCUGCAGCAUCCCCUGUCUGCGUGUAGCCCUCUGUCAAUGCUGCUCUCUGGGCAUCCAUGGGUCCCUCAGUCUGCACUAUGUGUGUCCCAGCCUGUGGCUUGUCCGUGUAUUGGUGCUGUGUUGUGUCUGUCUGUGUGUCCAUCAGCCCAUGUGGUCGUGCCAUGGUCUCUGUGAGCCUCUUUGUCUGUUCUGUGUUCUGUCUUCCUCUAUUGGUGCUGUGCUCUCAACUCUACCCCGGGUCAGAGGGGUGACACCACAGCAGCUUUGGGCCAAUAAAGGAAUGUCAAACUGUA